AAAUGAUUGGCGCAAGGGGAGAAGGAAAGUGACCACAGUUGAAGUUCAAAAUAAGGGCAGCUAGAAAAUCCACACCCCCCAAUUACAGGGUAAAUUGUAUGUAUGUACCUACACCAAAAGAUCGGAUACCAUUGAGUCGACGACGAACCGAACCGACGGUCUCUCCUCCCGCCAUACCGGCAAGAUAUCAACAACAAGUGCUUCCAACCGUCGCCUGAUCAGUUGGUCCAUGUAAUAAUCAUAAUAUCGACCUGCCUGCGACCACGCCCGACCCCGCCUAGGACGAAUCAUCGCAUUCCGGAACCACUCACUCUACAUACAGUACUGGAGCUCCCGGCAAAAUGAGGCUCGAUGUCAAGGUGCGUGCAAUCUCUCCGUUGCCUCCGCCCCCUCCUUUCAGUCAAGAUCGAGAUCGAGACGCGAGGUCUGGGCAUCUGGGCAUCUGGGCGUCGAUACCUGGAGCCCGGCCUGGCCUCGAGGACCAUACCUGGCCUUUCUCUCACCGAGCCAGGCCGGCACCUACGCCGGGGGCCUAAUUCGCACUACGCCAUACUGUCUGCCAAGUUGGCCGCUGCCCUGUGUCUCCGAUCGCGACUAUAUGGCUUGCCUGAGCGAUAGUUGGAUGCGCUGCUGACAUGGCCUUCGACGCACAGCGACAGCUCUUUGCGCGCAGCGAGCGUGUCAAGGGCAUCGACUUCCACCCACAAGAACCAUGGAUCCUGACAACACUGUACAGCGGCCAUGUCUACAUAUGGUCGUACGAAACGCAGCAGAUCGUCAAAACCUUUGAGCUCACCGAUGUGCCCGUCCGAGCUGGUCGCUUUGUCGCCCGGAAAAACUGGAUAGUCUGUGGCUCCGACGACUUUCAGCUCAGGGUAUAUAACUACAACACGUCUGAGAAGAUCACUUCCUUCGAGGCGCAUCCCGAUUACAUUCGCGCUAUUGCCGUCCAUCCUACGCAACCCUUCGUCUUGACCGCCUCAGAUGACAUGACCAUCAAGCUAUGGGACUGGGAGAAGUCGUGGAAGUGUGUCCAGGUAUUCGAAGGUCACAGCCACUAUGUUAUGGGCCUGGCUAUCAAUCCCAAAGACACCAACACAUUCGCAUCAGCUUGUCUAGAUAGGACCGUCAAGAUCUGGAGCCUAGGCUCUUCCACCGCCAACUUCACCCUCGAGGCCCACGAAACCAAGGGUGUCAACCACGUCGACUACUACCCACACUCCGACAAGCCUUACCUCCUCACCACAUCCGACGACAGGACGGUCAAGGUUUGGGACUACACCACCAAGAGUCUGAUCGCCAGUCUCGAGGGCCACACAAACAACGUGUCCUUUGCCUGCUACCACCCAGAGCUUCCCGUCAUUAUAUCUGGUUCUGAGGAUGGUACUAUCCGGAUAUGGCACGCGAAUACUUAUCGCUUCGAGCAGUCUCUCAAUUACGGUUUAGAACGCGCCUGGUGUGUUUCAUAUCAGCGUGGCAAGCAAGGCGUAGCGGUCGGGUUCGAUGAUGGUGCUGUGGUGGUCAAGCUGGGACGAGAGGAACCUGCCGUGUCGAUGGAUAGCUCCGGCAAGCUGAUCUGGGCGCGGCACAACGAAGUAGUCUCCUCUAUCAUCAAAGGUGGCGAUGCCUCGAUCAAGGAUAACGAGCCAAUCACGCUCCCCACCAAGGAACUUGGCACAUGCGAGGUGUACCCUCAGACGCUCAUUCAUUCUCCGAACGGGCGUUUCGUUGCCGUCUGUGGUGAUGGCGAGUACAUUAUAUAUACUGCUUUGGCGUGGCGUAACAAGGCAUUCGGCUCUGCCCUAGACUUCGUGUGGGCGUCAAAAGACAAUAGCAACGAUUUUGCGAUCCGCGAAUCGGCGACGAGUGUCAAGGUCUACAAGAACUUCGUCGAGAAGGCCGGCGGCCUGGAUAUUCCUUUCCAGACUGACGGCCUAACCGGCGGUGUCCUGUUGGGUGUCAAGGGCCAGGGCGGCGUCUCUUUCUACGACUGGGCCACCGGAGGUCUAGUAAGACGAAUCGAAGUCGAGCCAAGACAAGUGUACUGGUCAGAUAGCGGCGAGCUCGUCACCCUGGCCUGCGAAGAUACUUUCUACGUCCUGCGAUUCUCUCGCGAAAACUAUGUAGAAGCCGCGCAGUCGGGUGAAGUAGACGAGGACGGAGUCGAGGCCGCCUUUGAGGUCAUCACCGACAUUGCCGAGAGUGUGCGAACAGGCCAAUGGGUUGGGGAUUGUUUCAUAUAUACCAACAGCACAAACCGACUCAACUACCUGGUUGGAGAUCAGAUCUACACUAUUUCACAUUUCGACCAGCCGAUGUAUGCUCUUGGAUACAUCCAAAGAGAUUCCCGGAUAUAUCUUGCCGACAAGGACGUAAAUGUUACGAGCUUCUCCCUAUCCCUCCCUGUACUCGAGUAUCAAACGCUAGUCCUCCGUGAUGAUAUGGAGACUGCUGCAGAGUUACUCCCCAGCAUACCCCCUGAUCAGCUUAACAAGAUUGCUAGGUUCCUCGAGGGCCAGGGCCAUAAGGAAUUAGCGCUCGAAGUGGCCACCGACCCCGAGCACAAGUUUGAGCUGUCGCUAGCCUUAAACCAACACGAGAUCGCUCUUGAACUGGCGCGCCAAGCCGAUAGCGACCACAAAUGGAAGACGGUGGGCGACGCGGCUCUCGCGGCAUGGGAUGUUCCGCUUGCAACCGAGUGCUUCACCCACGCGCGGGAUCUGGGCUCCUUGCUCCUUAUUUACUCCAGCACGUCUGACCGGACAGGCUUAGAGGCGCUAGCGGCGCAGGCGGAGGAGUCGGGCGCCCAGAACGUCGCAUUCACAUGCAAAUGGCUACUGGGUGACACGGCAGGUUGUGUGGAGGUUCUCACCAAAACCAACAGGCUAGCCGAGGCCGUCCUGUUCUCGCAAACGUACAAGCCGAGCCUGACCGUCGAUACCGUCAAAGCCUGGAAGGGUAGCCUGGAGAAGAAUAAGAAGGGCCGCGUCUCCAAGAUGAUCGGCGUCCCAACAGAAGACGACGAGCUCUUCCCCAUGUGGGACGAGUGGCUGCAGCUGGAAAGCGACGGUCCGGUCGCCAACGGGGUAGCGGAUGACAAAGAAGAGGGGGAGGAGGAGGAGGAGGAGGAUGGUGAAAGUGAUGAGGAGUAGUCUCAGUGUCGACGCUGGCAGUAGUAGUGGUGCUCAGACUCGGACCUUUGUUUGUUGCUACAAGUCUGUUCGCCCCUAAUUCGGGGUGGAUGGCGGAGGUCAUUUAUAGGUACUAUAACUGGAGUUAAAAGGACGAAAUAAGAACAA